ACAGUAAACAGCACAUUCGUUGUUUCUCUGGUCAGGUUCUGCAAAUCGUCCUCGCAAGUCUCAAUUCAAUCUCGCGUAAAAAGUUCGCUAGCCGGAGAGACCCUUCCAAAUCUCAAAUAUUCUGUUUCUUCUCGAUCUCAAGCUAUUCAUUCAAAUUUUCCUCUUUUGAGGCCGGAGCCUGUCUAAAGUAUUUGUAGGAAUUCGCUGCUGCAUCAACCUCCGCAAGAAAUUAUUGCUUCCGGAAUCUGGAUCUGAGCGUCUAUAUUUCUGAGUUCGGGUUUGGAUGGUGAACUAUCCAAUGAAUGGAAUUGAAGAUUGAAUGCAACUAAGCAUGAUGAUGCUUUAUGAGAAUUUGGGUUCCUAAAAAUCGAUCACUUUUCUGAAGAACAAGUGUUCCAGCUUCAAUUGUUUAGAUUUCAGGUGUUUUGUGGGGAUGAGUUGUGUGGUUACGAUUCAAUUAUUCUUAUAGGAAAUUUUCAUCCUCAGGUUUCGGAGAUCAGGCGUCUGAGAACUUGCCGUCAUGUUCUAUGGUGCGGUGGUCUGGGACCCUUGGCUUAUUGUUGCUCAAAUUGUUUGUCUUCAAUGCUUAUAUUAUAUAACUCUCGGCUUGUUCUUGUCGAUACUUGUCGGGACUCGCGUAUCUCGGUUAAGCCUCGUAUACUUCUUUGAUUAUGUGACCAUCACCACCUCUACGGUUACUGGUUGGUGUGUUAUUGCCUCAUUUCUGCUCAGCUCUUUUGCAGGGUCUGUAUAUAUGUUUUAUUUAAUUGAAAGGGCAAAGAAAUGUUUGGAUUUUUCAGCCACCCUCUAUAUCAUCCAUCUUUUUAUAUGCAUUGUGUAUGGAGGUUGGCCAUCUUCUAUCACUUGGUGGAUUGUGAAUGGUACUGGGGUUGCUGUCAUGGCACUGUUAGGUGAAUAUCUGUGCAUUAAACGUGAGCUCCGGGAGAUACCAAUAACACGAUUUCGUUCAAAUGUUUGAUUGACAGUGAGUUGAAAUCAAGAAUUGUUGUGUUCGGGGAUCAUAACCGCACCUGAUUCUAUGCUUUGAAUUUGGAUGAUCUCCCAGAUAAAGCCCAUGAAUUGCAUGAUUAUUCAUGCUACUGGAAGAAUUACCCUCUCCAACGAAUUCUUCCUUGGUUUCUUAGAAAGCAUAGAUAAUCCCACUAGACUAGUACACCAUUUUUCAAGAAACACCAAAAACUUUAAUGGAAGUAAUUCUUUUCCUCCUUAUUCUCAUUUUCCUUUUCUUCUGUGAGUUUUCUGAUCUGUUUAUGAUCUUAAAAGCGUAUGUUAAUUUUGUAUACUGAUAGUCUGCGACAAUGAUAUGUUAAUGAGAUCUCUUGGUCAAUAACAUAUCUAAAGACUAGGUUGUUGACAGAACACAAUAGCAUUGUGUGAUUCAUGUA